UCUUGGCUGCCCAGUGUGGGCAUCAAAAGUUUCUGGUAUGAUUGUAGACCUUACAAGGUGUUUUCCUAACGCCUCUGGUGUGACUGUGGACCUACAAGACGUAUUAGUGCUUCUGGUGUGAUUGUGGACUUUACAAGACGUCUUAGUGUUUCUGGGUGAUUGUGGACCUAACAAGACGUCUUAGUGCUUUUGGGGUGAUUGUGAAACGUACAAGACGUCUUAAUGCUUCUGGGGUGAUUGUAGACCUAGCAAGAUGUCUUAGUGCUUCUGGGAUGAUUGUGGAACUUACAAGACGUCUUAGUACUUCAGCUUGAUUGUGAACUUACAAGACGUGUUCUUAGUGCUUCUCUGGUGAUUGUGGACCUUACAAGACGUCGUUUUAGUGUUUCUGGUGUGAUUUUUAGACUUUUUACUGCGUUUGUAGUGACCAUAAACUUCGCAAGACGACUUUUAUUGUUUCUGGUGUUAUUGUGGAGAUCUUACUAAACGUUCUUUAAUGCCUAUGAAUUUUGCAACAUGUCCUAAAGUGCUCGUGAAUUACUAACAGUUUUGAAAAAUACUUCUUCGGUGCUUAUGGUGAGGUUGUGAGCCUCACAAAGAGUCCUUAACCCCUUCAAAGUGUUUGUAAGGUGUGGUGCAAGGAUGAGGUGGUGGCAGCUGUACCUGGUAGCUACCAUCAUCCUGGCGGAAGUGACCUGCUCCGUCAGUAUCUCUCGGCUCCUGGGAACUACUACAGCUUCUGUCAACGAUGAUCCUUACAGCAACCUCGUUCUCAGGAUGAGACCAGGACUGGAGGACUGCGACAUUAUACUGGACAACACUAAGAAAAUCUUAGAAGCCGCCUCUCAAGUGUUGUAUAUCGCCACAGAGGACAAACUCUUCUUCAAGGAUGUGACGAUCUUAAUACCUAGUGCUCUGCUCAGCCUCUGCAGACUGCAGGACAACAACAUCCCGCAGGUUACAAAGAUGCCAAAAGUGGCAAUAAUAUUGGGUGAGGAUGACCCAGUCUUCGGUGGGGAGCCUUGGACACAACAAACUCAGGGCUGUGGCAAGCCUGGAGACUUUCUCUACCUACCCCAUGCCUUCCUCAGAAGUGACAAUGCAUCCUCACUUUAUUCAAAAGAGGUGAGUCUCUUGUCCCCUAAAUAAUGGAACAAUACAAGGUGAGCCAGUAUACUCUAGCAGUUGGCCUUCGUUCCACAAUGGAAGCAAAACUCCACUGACUGGGCCAUGUGUAAGAGUGUCUCCCCUGUGUGCUCUGUCAUCCCGUUGUGUCAAUUAUUUCAUGUCUAUAAUGUUUAAUUAAAAGCAAAUUUCAAGGGCAUCUAGUAACGUUCAUUGCUUUGGUUUUAAUAAGUGAAGUAGUGAGAGAUAAGCUGGAAGGUGUUUCACUGAUUCACCAAAUGUUUAAUGGAGUUUAAUUGAGAAACUAAACUACAAGAUAUAUUUCUACCACACAACAUUAUAAAUCCCACUCAUAUAAGUUAACCAAAUAAUAACAAACUUUUCCAUCCGCAUAUUUUUCGCAAGUAUUAGAUUUAGGGUUCUAUUUCAGGCUGUAGAAAUAUUUUUAGUGUUUAGCUCCAUUAAUU